AGCCUAAACGUCAACAUGCUGAUUAAAGAGUUCCGAAUUGUCCUGCCUGUGUCAGUGGAGGAGUACCAGGUGGGUCAGCUGUAUGCAGUAGCCGAAGCCAGUAAGAAUGAGACUGGGGGGGGCGAAGGAGUGGAGGUUUUGGCCAACGAGCCCUAUGAGAAGGAAGGGGAGAAGGGACAGUACACCCACAAGAUCUACCACCUGCAGAGUAAAGUGCCGAGUAUCAUCAGGAAGCUCGCUCCCAAAGACUCUCUGGUGGUUCACGAGGAGGCGUGGAACGCAUAUCCUUACUGUAAAACAGUCAUUACUAACGUCUACAUGAAAGACAAGUUCAGCAUCACCAUCGAGACGUGGCACAAGCCUGAUAUGGGCGACCAGGAAAAUGUUCACGGCCUGGAGAAAAGCAAAUGGGAGAAAGUGCAGAUAGUAGACAUCGACAUCGCUGACAGGAGUAACAUCAGUCCGAAGGAUUACAACGCAGAGCAUGAUCCAGCCAUCUUUAAGUCGGAGAAGACGGGCAGAGGGCCUCUGGGACCGGAGUGGAAGAAAGAGCUGGCUGGUAACCCCGACUGUCCUCGCAUGUGCGCCUACAAGCUGGUCUCUGUGGACUUCAAGUGGACCGGCCUGCAGACCGCUGUGGAGAGCACCAUCCAGAAGGUGGAGAAGCGUGUGUUCACUCACUUCCACAGACAGCUGUUCUGCUGGCUCGAUAAAUGGAUCGAUCUGUCGAUGGACGACAUCCGACGCAUGGAGGACGAGACCAAGGCGCAGCUGGAUGAGAUGAGGAAGAAUGAUGAAGUGAAAGGCCUGGGAGCUGAUGGAAACUGACCUGUAUCCCUCUCCUCGGACUCUGGAGCGGCUUCAUGGGCAUAAACAAGAACACCACGCACCUCCAUCCUAACCAAAUCUGCUCUUAAUAAGAGCUUAUGAUUGAGAAGCCGUUGUGUGUAUUUAUCUCCUCGAGUACAGCAGGUUUUUAAGGGACGAGUUAGGGGAGGACGAGGCGCUCUUGCUUAUGCCUGUUUUAAAAUAUUAAGGAAAGGGGUGGGAUGUCUCUGAGGAAACGUGUCUGAUUACUGUUCUCCUCCUUUUGUUUUUUUAAUUGCAGUUAUUUGGGUUUUUCUUGAUUUUGUAAGCAUCGUUCCUCAGUGAUUUACUGUUUGUUUUUAUUUAUUGUUUAAACAUGUGUCUACGCCUGCAAACGCUCCGGUAACUAUGAUAUCUUUCUUAAAUCAUUCACUAAAAUAAUGCAUUUUCUGGACUGUGUUCAUUUUCUGAUGUGCACUUAUUGCUGUGUUUAUCAAACUGAAUAACUCCUCCACCCUUUAUGUGUUUAAAGUCCUUUGAGUCAUCCUGACGUGGCGGAUGGAGGCAUUGAAUAAAAAAGCAGCUCAUGGUUUAUGUGAUUACUUUGAAAGAGACAUUGAAUAUACUUCAGUGUAGUCUGGUAAUCCUCUCCCGGUUAUACUUUAUAUAAACACACACCAGCUACUGUUCUGUAAUUUAAGGUUUUGGGUUGAAUUCUUGAGUGUUUGUGAAGAUGAAAAGUAAACAAACUGAUCUCUAAACUAAAAAGAUGGACCGUUUUUGAAAGUUGACGUACAUCUCUGUAAGUCUUGUGUCGAAUGAAACAACUUGGAUUUUUCUGUCUUGAGUUAUAUGAUCGUGUAGUUUAUUAAAGACGAUGUACAGUA